ACUAUGUUGCUGCUGGAGAUCAAUGAAGCCAAGUGAAUGGGGGCUGAAUGGGCGAAUCCAUAGCUGAAGCGGAGCGCCAGAUGGUGGAGGGCUACACUUAUUUAUGAAACUGUCUUGAGUUCUUCUUGAAUUGCCAGUUUUCAGCCUCCUCAUGCCUCCGUCUCCUUUAGACGACAGGGUAGUAGUGGCACUGUCUAGGCCCGUCCGACCUCAGGAUCUCAACCUUUGUUUAGACUCUAGCUACCUUGGCUCUGCCGCCCCAGGCAGUAGCAGCCACGCCGCGGUCAUUGCCACCACCGUCGUAUCCCUCAAGGCUGCGAAUCUGACGUAUAUGCCCUCAUCCAGCGGCUCUGCCCGCUCCCUGAAUUGUGGAUGCAGCAGUGCCAGCUGUUGCACUGUGGCAACCUAUGACAAGGACAACCAGGCCCAGACCCAAGCCGUCGCCGCUGGCCCCACCGCCCCUGCCAUCGGAACCUCCACCGCCUGCCCUGCCAACCCGAUGGUCAACAGCAAUGAGAACGCAGGCCCUUUAAGUCCGUCAGGUGGGGUGGGCAGCUCUGUGUCGGGGACCCCCAAGCAGCUAGCCAGCAUCAAAAUAAUCUACCCCAAUGACUUGGCGAAGAAGAUGACCAAAGGCAGCAAGAGCCACCUGCCGAGCCAGGGCCCUGUCAUCAUCGACUGCCGGCCCUUCAUGGAGUACAAUAAAAGUCACAUCCAAGGAGCUGUCCACAUCAACUGUGCCGACAAGAUCAGCCGGCGGCGACUGCAGCAGGGCAAGAUCACGGUCUUAGACUUGAUUUCCUGUAGGGAAGGCAAGGACUCUUUCAAGAGGAUCUUUUCCAAAGAAAUUAUAGUUUAUGAUGAGAAUACCAAUGAGCCGAGCCGAGUGAUGCCCUCCCAGCCUCUUCACAUAGUCCUCGAGUCCCUGAAGAGAGAAGGCAAAGAGCCUCUGGUGUUGAAAGGUGGACUUAGCAGUUUUAAGCAGAACCAUGAAAACCUCUGUGACAACUCCCUCCAGCUCCAAGAGUGCCGGGAAGUGGGGGGCGGCGCAUCUGCAGCCUCAAGCAUCCUACCUCAGUCUAUCCCCGCCACCCCCGACAUCGAGAACGCAGAGCUGACGCCCAUCUUGCCCUUCCUGUUCCUUGGCAACGAGCAGGAUGCUCAGGACCUGGACACGAUGCAGCGCCUGAACAUCGGCUACGUCAUCAACGUCACCACUCACCUGCCCCUCUACCACUACGAGAAAGGCCUGUUCAACUACAAGAGGCUGCCGGCUACCGACAGCAAUAAACAGAACCUGCGGCAGUACUUUGAAGAGGCUUUUGAGUUCAUUGAGGAAGCUCACCAGUGUGGGAAGGGGCUUCUCAUCCAUUGCCAGGCGGGGGUGUCGCGGUCCGCCACCAUCGUCAUCGCGUACUUGAUGAAGCACACUAGGAUGACCAUGACUGAUGCCUAUAAGUUUGUCAAAGGCAAACGACCAAUUAUUUCCCCAAACCUUAACUUCAUGGGGCAGUUACUGGAGUUUGAGGAAGACCUGAACAACGGUGUAACACCACGAAUCCUUACACCAAAGCUGAUGGGCGUGGAAACGGUUGUGUGACAGAGGCCUGGAUGGAAAGGAUUACUGUUCUCCAUUAGGAGACGAAGAGAAAGGAGGAUGGAUUCUUUCUUUCUUCUUUUUCUUUUUCUUUCUUUCUUUCUUUUUUAGAUGGGGGUAAAGUUUGUGAAUGGAAACAGAACUUGUUUAAAACCUUUUUAUUUUUAACAAGUGUGAAAAGAAUUUAACUUUUGAUGCCAUUGAGAUUUACUUCCCGCGAACUGCUAAAGCAGGGAGGCUAAAAGAGUAACUUUUUUAAGCCAACAAUAAAAAUAUAAUAAAACAUG